UAUUGGAUGGCAUGGAUGGAUGUCUAUAAAAUACUGGCUGUCUUUGCAAAGCCAGGCUUAGUCUUUCUGUCUCCUGGUUUCUCUCAGCACCACGAACAAGCAGAAAUGGCAGCCCUUUUAUGGAGGAUUUUCCUCCUCUACCACCUCCUGAACGCACUCCUUCUCUCUCUGGUCCCCAAGAAGUUGAGGGUCUUUCUGCCCUCUUCUUGGUUCCCGCCGCAGCCUCCAGUCGUGGACGCCGCCGCCGCUCCCCACCGCCGCCGCAGCAUCAGCAGCAGCAGAAUGGAGGUCACCGAGCUCCGACGCGUCUUCCAGAUGUUCGACCGCAACGGCGACGGCAGCAUCACCAAGAAGGAGCUCAACGACUCGCUGGAGAACAUGGGCAUCUUCAUCCCGGACUCGGAGCUCACCCAGAUGAUCCAGAAGAUCGACGUCAACGGCGACGGCUGCGUGGACAUCGACGAGUUCGGCGACCUCUACCAGUCCAUCAUGGACGAGCGCGACGAGGAGGAGGACAUGAGGGAGGCCUUCAACGUGUUCGACCAAAACGGCGACGGCUUCAUCACGGUGGAGGAGCUGAGAUCGGUGCUGGCCUCGCUGGGGAUCAAGCAGGGCCGGACGGCGGAGGACUGCCGGAGAAUGAUCAUGAAGGUGGAUUCUGACGGGGACGGGAUGGUGAACUUCGCCGAGUUCAAGCAGAUGAUGAGAGCCGGCGGGUUCGCCGCGUUGGGAUGACCCGGAAUCGACGGGGAGGAGCUAGGGAAAAUCAAUUCCUUUCUUGAUUAAUUGGGAUUGUUUGAUUCAUUGGGUUGUAAAUACUUUCGGAGCAAACGAGGUGACAUUAUUGUUGCCAUCAUCAUCAUCAUCAACUUCUUCUUCAACUCAUCCAUCACCAUCGUUUUCGCUUUCUUGGUUUCUUUUUCUUGGCUGAUGAAUCUGUUGAAAGAAAGAAGAAGGAAAAUCUUCUCUCUCUUUCUCUCUCUCUCUCUCUCUCCAACUUCUUCGUCUUCCUCUGGGCAAGGCAUAGGGAGCGAUUUGAAUUCAGUUCUUUCUUGUUAUGGAUUGUCGACAUUUUUGAAUACAUAUCCGGUUUUGUAUUUGUUGUUUCUAUAAUUAAAUUUCGUUUUCUCUUUUUCGAUUC